UUAAGCGACAUUUAAAGUUUGUCGGUGUCCGCUGGUCGGGGGAAGGUUUUUAAUGUAACACAAGGAUAGAGUUGAAGGGGAACAUGGCAGCUGGCAUCAGUGCUAAACCUGGAUUAUUAAGCAGUAAAACCGCGCUGAUAUACGGUCUGUACAGAAAGAUAUCCCCACAUAGUGUUUGCAUCCAACGGGCGGCUGAACUUCAGAGUGUGAGAGCUUCAGCGAACGCGACAGUCGACUCACAGCUCAGUGAGAAGUACUGUCUGGACCUGGUCCGGUCCAGAGACUAUGAAGGCUUCAUGUCCUCGCUCCUCCUCCCUUUGGAGGCCCGGCGCUCCUCUCUGGCUCUAAGAGCCUUUAAUGUGGAGCUGGCACAGGUGAAGGACUCGGUUUCCCAGAAAACCAUUGGGUUGAUGCGAAUGGAGUUCUGGAAGACAGCCAUAGAAGAAAUCUACAGAGAUAAACCUCCAAACCAGCCAGUCAGUGUGGAGCUGUGGAGGGCAGUGAAGACGCAUAACCUGACCAAAAGAUGGCUGCACAGGAUCAUCACAGAGAGAGAAAAAGAUCUGGAUGACCGAGCCUACAGGAACCUUCAGGAACUGGAGGCGUAUUCAGAGAACACACAGUCGUCCUUAGUGUACCUGCUGCUGGAGUGUUUAGGUGUGAAAAACGUCCACGCCGACCACGCAGCGAGUCACAUCGGCAAAGCUCAGGGAAUCGUAACGUGUCUGAGAGCUACUCCCUACAACUGCAGCCGGCGGAAAGUCUACCUGCCCAUGGACAUCUGCAUGCUGCAUGGAGCUUCUCAGGAGGACUUCAUCCGUGGCAGGCGGGAGCAGAACAUCCGGGACGUGGUGUACGACGUCGCCAGCCAGGCUCAUGUGCACCUGCAACACGCCCGAUCAUUUAGCGACAAUGUUCCAGCAGCUGCCGCUCCGGCUUUCCUUCAAACAGUGGUGUUGGAGGACUACCUGCAAAGAGUGCGGAGGGCAGAUUUCGACGUUUUCCACAAAAGCCUGCAGAACAGAAACCCUCUCCUCCCCAUCCAGCUGUACUUACGCUCCUGGAAGAAGACCUACUGACUCCAGUUCUCCUCCUGAACCGGUCGUCCUCAGCUCGCAGCCUCCGAGAGACUAAACCCCAGAGACUUCACCUCCCUGUGUGGAUUUCUGCCAGUAGACUACCCUUGAGCAGGCUUCCAGAUUCAGUUUGAACCUCAGUCCUGCCACUAAAGUCUGCUUUUAGAGCAAAAGCACUAGACACAGCAGCCUGUUGUUCUUCAACCACCUGUAGGAUCAUCACUGGUUGAGCCAGAGGAGUUCACUGGAGAUGUGGGUCACUGGACAGUAUUUAACGUGUUAUUUGAAAAUGUACCAAAAAAAACCUGUCAUUCUUCACCAUAUGUCUUCUAAAUUAUAUUCCUUUUUAAAUGCA